AUGCCUCGUGCUACUCGUGCCUCAGCAAAGGCGACCACAGCAAGCGAAGCAGCCAAACCAUACUCAAAGACCACCAGUACGAAUACUACGCUAACUGGAUCCAAGUCAAAGACACAAACCAAAGCAUCUGAGAAGAGCAGACGAGGAAAAGACAGCCACUUGUACACAGAUGAUAAUCCUUCCACAACUCUGAAAGGAACCGGUUUCAAAGACGCCGCCACAGCCAAGCACACCAUUGAGCUCGUUGCUCGUCGCUCACUUCUCUACCAAUUUCAGACAAUCAACACCAUGUAUCAUCGAGCUGCCCAUCAUCCAUCCAGCGCGAAAAAUACGAAUAUUCAAGCUGCAAUGGAGAUCUUUCGACAUUGGCUUGACAGCACGUACGUCGAAGCUAAGAAGGCGCAGAGAGAUUUUCCAUUACUGAAGAAGGACGUAGUGGAGCAGUAUCUUCCGUUAUUGCAAGAUCGAGUAGAUGAACUUGGAAUCGAAGUCGAAUGGACGGAGAAAUACGUUGAUCUCCCAAAAGGAAAGCGGCUUGCGAAUGUGCUGAUGGACGAUACGAAACCCGACAAGCGCGACCUUGCCGUCGUGAGACAAAACUUUCUGGACAAGCUCGUGGGAGACAAAUUCGAUGGAGCGAUUCCGGACAAGAAAGAUUCCAAGCUCUGGAUUGAAGAUGGCAAAAGAGAACCAAGUGACUUACACCUCAAGCUCAUUGGUUAUGGAUUUAGUCCUGCAAGUGCAGACCAGCUCUCUAGGUCUUGA